GCGGGGUUUGUCAGGGAGUGAGGUUGUUUACCAAAGUGGAACAUGGAGCAGGGAGAAAGUGGGAGCGCGGCUGCAGGCCCGGGCCAAGGGGCCAGGCUCCUGUCGUCUCUCAGGGUGGUUUUCUUGAUGGUUUUCCUGCAGCUGAUGACAGAGACUGAAGCGGGCCAGAGGACAGACUGUAUUCUUUCCAAUGGGGUGAAUUACAGAGGAGAGCAGCAAAUGACAUCACAAGGAAUCAAAUGUGUGAACUGGAUGCACAGUGAGCGUGAUUAUAACUUGACUCUGUAUCCAGACAGCGACACAGGGGUAGGAGACCAUCAGUUCUGUCGAAAUCCAGAUGGUGUAGAUGGGCCCUGGUGCUAUGUGAAGGCUCCAAAUGAAGAAAGACCACUGCGACAAUCUUGUAGCAUUGGAAGCUGUAACAGUACUUCUCUGCAUGGAGAUGUUAAUGCCACAACAGCAGAGGUGGAAACAGUGAAUGUUGGAUCAAGUGCCAGUCAGAUUGAUGAUCAAGUUAUCUCGGUUUCCUCCAAAAGUGGCCGUAAUGUGAAGCAACCAGUCAUCCAGAGGCCACCUGUGAGGCAGACUGCUAAACAGAAGAAGGAUCUUGGAGUUUUGGGUCAGGCUUUGGCGAUUGGAAUGAUGGCGAUUAUAAUAGUGUUGGGUGUUAGCAUCACUUUGGGCUACAUCUACAAAAGGGGACGAGACUUGAAGAAAGAGCAGGAGCAGAGAGCCACUGAGCGAGAAAUGAAUCGCAUUAUGUUGCCACUGUCAGCCUUCUCCAACCCCAAUUGUGAUCUUAUCGAUGAAAUAGCUCUGGUAGUUGAGAGCCCUCAGACAGAAACUGAUGAAGGCCAAGAUGAAGACAGAACCAGCCCCCUCGUCGGACCAGCCGGCACUCCUGGGGCUUGAGGUUGGAUGCAAUCCAACUGAGAAGGCUCACUGGAUGUGCCUUUCAGGCUUCUGUUCAGCAAGUGAACUGUAAAUGGAAAGUGGGGAGUUGAAUCCAGACUCAAUCCAAUGCCAUUAAUCAAAUCCCUCUGGACCGAGUACUCUCUGUGAGAACUGCCAGGGAUGAUACAGCGUCUACAUCACCUGUGGUGUGCACCAGGCCACAUCAAGAUGUUGGCCAUCAGUACUCAAAUAUGAAUUCAGCAUUUAUUUCAGUGAGGUGGUAAAUCAGGUGAAAGAUGUUUGUAUUUGAAGAGCAGUGAUAUUGCUUUGCAAACAUGCUCAGUGGGGUCUUUUCUUCAAUAUCCACUUCUAGCACGUGCCAAUAUAUUCGAGAAUGAUGUCGAAAUGUGUAAACAGCCUGCUUUAGAAUUAUAUAUACUAUUCUGGAUUAGUGAUGCUGGAAGAGAACAGCAGUUCAGGCAGCAUCCAAGGAGCAGCGAAAUCGACGUUUCGAGCAAAAGCCCUUCAUCAGUCAACCAUGUUUCAUUUGAACAUAAAGAUUUUUCAGAAAAUGUUGAUGGUUUUUAUUGUUUAUUUGAAGAAGUCAGUAUUGCAUAAAAAUGUAGUCUUGGCGGGUGAUAGGUCAUGUGCAUUCAGUAAGGUCAUGGCUGAACUUUGCACAUCAAGACUUUUUUUAAAAUUCCCUACAGUGUGGAAACAGGCCCUUCGGCCCAACAGGUCCACACCAACCCUUCAAAGAGUAACCCACCCAGACCCAUCUCCCUCUAAUGCACCUAACACUAUGGGCAGUUUAGCAUAGGCAAUUCCCCUGACCUGCACAUCUUUGGAGUGUGGGAGGAAACCGGAGUACGGGGAGGGGAGAAUGCGCAAACUCCACACAGAGCGUCCCCUGAGGCUGGAAUUGAACCUGGGAUCCUGCUGCUGUGAGGCAGCAGUGUUAACCACUGAGCCACUGUGCCAUGAAUAUUCUCAAAGGGGAGGAGGGCCAGUAGGUGAUUGUUGUACAUAUUGGAACCAAUAGGAAGGGAAAAGAACGAGAUUCUGAAGAGAGAAAUGGGACAUUAGGCAGGAAGUUUAAAAGGUAGUUGCUUUGGUAAUAAUAUCGGAAUUACUCCUGGUGCCUGGAGCAACUGAGGGUAGGAAGGGGAAGUUAGAGCAGAUGAAUAUGUGGCUGAGGAGCUGGGGAGGAGAAAAGCAUUGUCAUUGUUGCAUCAUUGGAAUCCCUACUGGGGUAGAAGCGAUGCAUAUACGAAGGGUGGAAUCCACCUGAAUUAGAAGGAAAGAUUUGCUCAGGAGGAUCUAAACUUGUGUGGGCGGGUAGGAUACAGGGAGAAAAGAGAUCAGUCUGAAAUCGAUGCAGUUGGGAAAAGGAGUCAAACAGUUAGGACAGGCAGAAACAAAGCAGAGAAUGAGGUAUGUCUGACAGAUUAAACUGCAUUAAUUUCAAUGCAAGAAGCCUUAACAGGUAAGGCAUAUGAACUCAGAGCAUGGUUGGGAAUGUGGGACUGGGAUAUCAUAGCAAUUACAGAGAUGUGGCUGAAGAGAUGGACAGAACUAGCAGCUGAAUGCAUAGAAUGCCAAGGUCUUUUCCCUGGGGUGGGGAGUCCAAAACUAGAGGGCAUAGUUUCAAGGUGAGAGGGGAAAGAUUUAAAAGGGACAACUUUUUUAUGCAGAGACUGGUGUGUGUAUGGAAAGAGCUGCCAGAGGAAGUGGUGGAGGCUAGUACAAUUACAGCAUUUGUGGAUUAUUGGUGCUGGAAGAGCACAGCAGUUCAGGCAGCAUCCAAGGAGCAAUAAAAUCGACAUUUCGGGCAAAAGCCCUUCAUCAGGAAUACAGGCAGAGAGCCUGAAGGGU